CAAAACAAAAAAAUUGAAACCACCGUUUUCUUAUUCCAAAUUUAAAAACACAAAAUUUACCAUUCCAUUUCACUUCUUCCUUUAGAACCAUUCCUUUUUCACGCCCCCAACAGAGACUCGAACCCAUGGCGGCCGACAAAAUUCCCGGCGAACGUACGGCGGCACACCGAUCAAGACGCAAAUCAAUUAAAAAAUGCCUAAACACCUUCUGCAUUUGCCUCUUUGGCGCCGCUGCCACCGCUUGCAUCGCUGCUCUGACCUUUGGCCUCGUCGUUCUCCGGGUAAAAACCCCAACAGUGAAAUUAACCUCCGUCGCGGUAAAACAUCUCCAAUACGGCUUCUCGCCGACGCCAUUCAUGGAGGCGACAUUAACUGGGGAAAUGACAAUGGAGAAUCCGAAUUACGGGGCGUUUGAGUACGAGGGAGUAGGGAACGUGACGUUGAUUUACUAUGGAGUGGUGGUGGGAAUCGGGGAGGUGAAAAGAUUGAGUGUAAAUGCGAAGAGUAUUGAGAAAAGGGAGUUUAAUGUAAAAGUGAAACCGAAUUGGAGGUUUGUUAAUGUGGAUUAUUUCAGCGAUGAUUUGGGUAGGUUGAAGACGAUGAAUAUGAGUUGGAACGCAGAGUUCGAGGGAAAGAUUGAUUUAUUGAAAUUGUUUAAAGAGAAGAAGAUUUCAGUGUUGAAAUGUAGUACGAGCUUGAAUUUGACCUCCCAUGGCGUCCAAAAUCUGGCUUGCCUGUAUCUUCCUUCCCAAAUGAUCAAAUUAAAUCCCACGACUAUUAAAUACUCAACAUAUCCCUUCUUUUGGUGUCAUUUCACCAUAGCCAUGGCUGAUAAAGAGCAGGUCAAACCCUUGGCUUCCGCCUCCGCCGAGCUCCGGAGUGACGACCAUAUCUUUCUUCCUCCUCCUGAUCCCAAGCUCCACCUCCAUAGAAACAAAUAUAUCAUGUGCUGUGGCUGCUUCGCCGCUCUCCUCUUAAUCCUUGCCGUCAUCGGUAUCGUCCUCGGCUUCACCGUCUUCCAUAUCAAAACCCCAGAUAUUAAAAUUGAUUCCCUCUCCUUCCCAAAUGACACUUUGAGUUCAAAUAGUGGGAUAAUUGUUGUGGCUAGCGUCUCGGUGAGGAACCCUAAUGUUGCGUCGUUCAAAUACUCGAAAGCUUCGAUCGAGAUUUACUACCACGACAAGGUCAUCGGCGAGGGCGAGACACCACCAGGAGAGGUUAAGGCGAAAGACACGCUAAGGAUGAAUGUGACGGUAGAGAUUGAACCUUGGAAGAUGGAUGAUGCUUCGAGUUUGAUAAAGGAUUGGAAUUCAGGAUCUUUGAGUAUAAGUAGCUACACGGAAAUUCCUGGAAGAGUGAAAAUACUUGGCUCCAUCAAGAAAAACUAUUUGGUGAAAAUAAGCUGUUCAUUGACUUACAAUUCAAAAAGCAAGACGAUUCAAGGACAAGAUUGUGAUCAACGUGUAAGAAUCUCUGUUUAAUGAAAAAGUGAAAUCCUAUUGAAAUUCGUUCAAACAACCUAAAUUUUUUAGAAUUAAGAAGAAUGUGACUAACAAAUCUACAUUAUAGGAUUUUGAGAUAUGAAAACGUAUAGUUUGAAUAUGUGAGAUAGUCAUGUUAAUGUAACAGUAUAUAUUAUUAAACUUUUUUAUAGUAGAAUAUUAGGACUUAAUAUUCAUUUUCUGGAUCAUAUUAAUUUCUUUCUUUGAGUAAAAUUUAUGAAACUGCGUUGUAAAGUUAUGAAAUUAUUCGGACAAUAUUUCCUUAUUUCAAAUAAUAAUAGCAAAGCUUUAUGACUAUUAAAAUUUA